UAUAAAAAAGAAACGGGUGUUUUGUGAAGCGGAUAACAAUUUGAAAGCCUUGGGCGUUGAAAUCGACAACAAAAUUAGAUUCAUUCCUGUCCAGCUAUUUAACUACAAUGUGCUGCUUAUAGUGCUUCCUUUCAUUUUUUUGUUGUAUUAUCCACUCUUUCGUUAUUAUUGUGUUGUGAUCUCGAUGGACAAAAUUCCACUUCAGUUCCUAGCCAGCAUCGAAAACAACACAGACACCACCACAGCAGCAUUCAGCUAUAACAUCGAGAACGAUUUACCAUUUAUAAUGUCAGCACUGGAGCAGAAUCUAAAUUUAAAAGAGGACCAAACCGAAAACGACAACUCGGACGAUAAAGACGACGAAUCAUCUGGAUGUAGUUCAACGCCAAUAAGUCAAGUCCAUCGACGGCGGUCCCCGCGAGCCAAAUCCAUGGACAGCAAGUUGCACAAAAUCAAGCGACGAACCAUCGCCAAACCGGUCAAGUUUCAAAUCAAUCUCAAUGCCUCGGAAAACGAAAUCCGAAACUACUACAUGGUCAACAGCAAGAAAGUCGAUGUCAAACCGACCAACUUGGAGACGAUUUUCGAGGAAGGUUCCCCAGCGGCUACGAAGGACAAAUUUUUUGGCCAACGAAAAGUUCGGCGUAGUUUGAACUGCUCGGAUGGAUUCAACGUAAACAAGACUACGACCAAAGCACGGAAGAAUCGUGUCCGGAAGCUGCUGGGAGGAGCUCCGAAGCACGAGCGAAUGACAAUGGAUACGUUCCUGGAACGGCUGAAGGCCAUGCAGAACGAAAGCGAUGAAGAUGGAGAACGGAUCGUCGAUCCCAAGCUAAAUCAAACGGUAUGACUGAUGCUUCCGCCGGCCAGAAGUGGAAGAACCGUCUCAUCGGAUCACUGUCGACUGAAAUUAUGCGUAUUCGUUUGUAGUUUUUAAGGUAUAUCACUAUUGUAUAUCGUCAUCGUCCCCAUUC